AUGAGCGACAGCGGUGCCCCACAAAGCAAGGAUAUAUCAGAGAGCAAUGCCAGUCAUCACGACGGUGAACCAGUGCGUGAGCUGCGCAGUGAGAUAGUGCCGGACAUGCACCCCGAAUACCUGCAAGCGGACUCUGAACUGACAGCGGAUCUUCCCGAAGACACGACAGUGAUCGACCUCGUACACCUGAAGAUUGAAUCGCUUGAGGCACUGGAUCUGCACCGCUUCAAGAAGCUGGAACGUCUGUAUUUGCGGCAGAACCUCAUUGAGUCGAUAAGUGAAGUUGAGGUUCUGCCAGCGGAGACGGUGGAGGAGCUCGACCUAUAUGACAACAGAAUCAAGCACAUCUCGCGGAACGUCAACAAACUGGUGAACCUCAAGUCACUGGACCUAUCCUUCAACAAGAUUAAGAAUAUCAAGAACAUAGACAAGCUGACUAAGCUGGAACGGGUGUACUUCGUGCAGAACAAAAUCGCAGUCAUUGAGAACUUGAACACACUCGGGAACCUUAAGAGCCUCGAGCUAGGCGGCAACCGCAUUGCGGAGAUUGGCCCGGAGUCUCUCCAAGGCCUCGGGGGGCUGGAAGAGAUUUGGCUGGGCAAAAACUCCAUAUCGCGACUAGCAAACCUGCAAUACUUGAAGAACCUCAAGAUUCUCUCUAUCCAGUCCAACAAGUUGCGCAAUAUAGAGGGCCUGGAUGAGCUGGAGAACCUCGAGGAACUGUAUCUCUCGCACAAUUUCAUAGAGCACAUCGAAGGUCUAGAGAAGAACACGAAACUGACAACUCUCGAUGUCACGGCGAACCGUCUUACUCGCAUCGAAAAUGUCUCGAAGCUGACGGCACUGACAGAUCUGUGGGCUUCCUUUAACAAGAUUGAUCAGUCCUUUGAGUCUCUGGCGGAAGAACUUAAGGACUUAAAGGCGCUUGAGACCAUCUACCUAGAGGGCAACCCAAUCCAGACGAAGAACGCUACAACAUACAGGAGGAAGCUGGUUCUAAAUCUUGGGCCAUCGCUACAGAAGAUUGAUGCCACAUACAUCCGUGGCUAA